GACAACGACAUGGGUCUGGGCCAUAUAAUAAACACAAAUCCGGGUGGGUUAGUCCAAACCCGAUCAGAUCCGAUCCGAUCCAGAGUGGAUGAAACGAGACGCGCUGUUGGUGGUUAUGUGGUCUACCCCAGUAGCCAAUUGUUUUACUUCUCUCUCUAUUCCUCUAAUCAUAACCCAGUCUCCCACUUCAAAAUUCAAACAAACAGCCUUUAUAUUUUCAACAGCAAUAAACGACAACUAUUUGUUUCAAAUUACAAUUGUUAAUUCUUUCACGUUUACUGCUUCCAAGCAAUUGCCCUUUUUGGUUGGUUAUAUGUUACGUUAAGAGAGCCCCAACUGCUUUCGUUUCCAUUUUUUUCUUUUUUAAUUAUUCUCUUAAAAGUUUUCUCCCAAUAAUUCUCUUCCACUUUCUUUUUUCUGAUUUCUGGGAUAUUGAAGAUUCAGAAUGCCGAAUUGGGCCUUGACGAACUGUUGCCAGCACAACCAAGUUGUCUUCUUGGCAACUAUUGGAGUCUUCACCGUCGUAAUCCUCUUGCUCUGGAGAACAGUACUCCUCACACCCUUUAAGCUCAUCACAGUGUUCUUGCAUGAAGCAAGUCAUGCUAUUGCUUGCAAACUCACGUGUGGUCAGGUGGAGGGAAUCCAAGUCCAUGCAAAUGAGGGUGGUGUCACACAAACGCGUGGUGGUGUAUACUGGCUGAUAUUGCCUGCAGGAUAUCUUGGCUCAUCAUUCUGGGGAAUGACUUUGAUACUUGCAUCAACAAAUCUCCUCACUGCAAGAAUUGCUGCUGGUUGUUUAAUUUUUGCUCUGUUUGUGGUGCUCUGUAUUGCUAAAAAUUGGACACUCCGUGGACUUUGUAUCGGAUUCAUCAUUUUUCUUGCCUUAAUUUGGGUUCUGCAAGAAAUGACAACAGUUCGCAUCCUUCGUUACGUUAUUCUUUUCAUAGGUGUGAUGAACAGCUUGUUUUCAGUAUAUGAUAUAUAUGAUGAUUUAAUAUCUCGAAGAGUUAACUCCAGUGAUGCUGAGAAAUUUGCUGAAAUUUGUCCUUGUUGCAAUGGUGUUGGAUGGGGAGUCAUAUGGGGAAUGAUAUCAUUUACAUUUCUUUGUGGAUCAAUGUAUUUGGGUCUUGUCAUCUUAUCAUGAGGAUUAGAAUCUCGGGUUCAAACUCAUCUUGGGGUUGCAGAUAUAUCAUCAUGUUUCAUUCCAAAUUUUGUAGCCUGAUUCAAUUAUACUAAAAAGAUAUUUAUGACUUCAUUCUUUUAACCCUUUUUAUUGAGGGUUACAUGUGAUUAUUUUCAUAAUUUUUUAUAGGAGUUUUGUACUCGUAUCUAUUUUUUAUAUAGGAGCUGCAGAGUGAUUUAAACAUUUGGCAUGAUCUACGUAAUUCAAUGUAUUUUUAUAUAUAUUA